AUGUCGGACGCAGAACUAUUGAAGCAGAUCGCUUCUCUUGCAGGCGCUAUAAAUCGACAUAAGAACGGCGAGGGUGCAACUUCGACACAACAAAGUGCAGCACCAUAUCCUACUCGCGGCUCAUAUUACCCCAAUUCAAGAGGAUCAAGAGGAUCAAGAGGACGCGGCCGGGCAUCAAGUUACGCUUACAGAUCAUAUCCCCAUGCUCGCCACCAGAAUCGCACAUUAGUUCUCUCAGACUCGAAACCGACUACCUCUGGCUCCGGUGAUCAAUCUUCUGAAGACCCUGUUGAGUCAUCCAGCUCACAAUAUGUGAAGAAGCGGGACAGACACAUGCAGCUGAUCAACAAGGCUGUUUACUCUGAUCUCGCUGAAGCGCGCGCGAAGGCUUUGGAAAAAACACGACUGGCGAAGCAGUCUAAACUUGAAAACCGUGCAGCCAAGAAAGCGGCUCGGAGAGCGGAAAAGUUGCUGAAACGCGCUGAAGAAAAAAAGAGGGCGAAGAGCGUUGUCGGGGCAAUGGAGAAUGUUGAAAUUGACGGCGUGAAGUACGCGGUCCAGCGAGGCGGCAACAAGCUGAUAAGAGUCACCGGUAACAACGCAAUGAAUGAUGUAGCAAGUGGUGAUUCCCCAAAGAAAGCCGUCGUGGGCGGUGUCACAUUCCUCCGCAGUCGCAAUGGUAAUCUAUGGCGAAAAGGCGUCGUGCAAAACAAAGGUCGCGAGCGCAAGAAGAUCGACACGCCUUGUCGAUUUUUCACAAUGACUGGCACCUGUGCACGUGGUCUCUCAUGUCCAUAUACGCAUUCACCUACGCAUGUCGCGCUCUGUCCGCUUUAUCUGCAAAACAAAUGCAAGGAUCCAAAUUGUGAUCUUUCGCAUAAUCCGACACCUCACAACGCGCCUCUUUGCCAUCACUUCCAGAGAGGAAAUUGCUCUAACCCCAACUGUCAAUAUUCGCAUAUGAAACUGGCACCAGAUGCAAAGAUCUGCAACGACUUUGCGACAACUGGGUAUUGCGACAAAGGUGCGAAAUGUAAGGACCGGCACGUUUUCGAGUGUCCUGAGUUUGAAAGGACAGGAAAAUGCUCAAAGGCUGAGACGAAAGGGUGCAAGCUCAAGCACGUCUUUCGAGCUGGCGCUGGAAAGCAUGUCGUUGACGACGCACCGCCAUCUGAUUCACUCUUCUUUGACGAUCACGCUGGUGCAUCUGACGCAGGAUCUUUGUCUGAAGACGUUUUCAACAACGUUCGCGAGCACUUGAAAAGAGAUGCCGAGGCGGAGGCGAUGAAGAUUGAGUUUGACGAGUCUGAAGACGACAGCAAUGAGGAUGACGACGAUAACGACGACGGUGAUAUGGAUGAUGUUGAGUUUGAUUCUGAUCAAGUUGAUGAGAGUGAGGACGAAGAAGAUAUGGAUACUUCCUCGUUUACUGGCGACGCUGAGUACAUCAAAGUCUAG